AGUAUUUGGAAGGAAUUUGACGUGAAAAAAAAUAACAUUUUGGACUUGAAUGAAUCCUAAAAUAUAUCUAUUAUAAAAUGAUUCAUGAUUAACAUAAUUGUAUUAUUUAAGAAAAGUGUAAAAUGUAAAGAUUAGGCCUAUAUUCAACUAUAAUAUUUGUUAUUUAUGUGCAUUUAUGUGUGGAAAAAUACCAGAAUAUCCAGCGAGACGUAUACUCAGAAUCAGCUGUAUUUGUCAGACUUGUCUUUUUAUUGGAAGUUGACAGGAAGCUGGUGCAAAAAGAGGAUAUGGGUGGUGUUCAGAUAAACAGAAGAAGAACAUUUAUUUCAUUCUGUUCAUAUAGAUAAGGGAAUAUAAAUACAUCUUUCUAGCUGACAUAAACAGUUAAGUUGAAAACUGAGUUCAUGUCAAGUGCAGACACAGCGAAACAAAAGUUAUCACAUUUUUGGUAGGCUUCUUCACAAGUAAAAAGUCCCUAGAGCUUGUCAGUUGGAUUCUCAGAGCGCUAACAUAAACACCAAAAUAACCUUAAGGCUUAGUCAACAGAAAAGGGGAAGUGGUGAAUGGUCUUCUUUCCGAUCCUCAGUUCUGUAUACUGAAAAGCAACAACUCAGAGUGAAGAAUCAGUCUUUCACAGCUUUUAAUGAGAUUUUCUUUUUCUCUGUAAUCUUCUUUUUGUUGUGUCGAGCAGAAUGCCCAUGGAGCUUUGGCGCAGUUACUUCUGGUUAUGGAUGAUAGUUGCAGUUAUUUUUGGGAGUGGGGUGAUCAUCGUUAUCUUCAUCUGGAUCAACAAGUGCAUAUUAAGAACAGGAAAACAAAGAAUCUAUCAGCUUCACAGCAGAUCUUCCAACUUCACUGUCAAGAGCAACAAAUACGAGGAGAGAAGCCCUAGCAUCAAAACCCCACCUUUACCUCCUCGGACACAGUUUCUCACAGCAGAGGCCCAAAGCUAUGAGAACCUGGCUGAGGACUACGAGCAGGUCGACACUGACUCUGAGCACAACAAGGCCGCCUACGAGCAGGCCGACCCCGACUACGAGCAGGACAAGGCCGCCUACGAGCAGGCCGACCCCGCCUACGAGCAGGCCGACCCCGACUACGAGCAGGACAAGGCCGCCUACGAGCAGGCCGACCCAGACUACGAGCAGGCCGACCCCGCCUACGAGCAGGCCGACCCCGACUACGAGCAGGACAAGGCCGCCUACGAGCAGGCCGACCCAGACUACGAGCAGGACAAGGCCGCCUACGAGCAGGCCGACCCAGACUACGAGCAGGACAAGGCCGCCUACGAGCAGGCCGACCCAGACUAUGUGCAGGACAUCCCUGACUACGUGCAGGGCAUCCCUGACUACGUGCAGAGCAUCCCCGACUACGUGCAGAACAUGCCUGAGGACAAUCAGAACAUGGACGAGCAGUCUGAUUAUGUGAAGAUGGAGGAUGAGGAGGAGCUUCUCCCUCCUCCUCCUCCUCCUCUAUACAAUGGUCAAGAUCCAGCAGCAGACAACAUCUCCACGGACGACUACGAUGACAUCGGAGGUGAAGACGAUGAAGAAGACUACGACGAUGUGGGUUAAGACAAGAGAACGGGAGAGAGUUUAUUCUAACAAAAAAAAAGACACCUUCUCAUCUGGAUCCUGCUGAGCAGAGAGAUCAGAACAACUUUACCUUACCACACAUUUUCUUUUUU